GUGACCAAAUCUCAACAGAUAAGAAACAAUCCGAGAAAAAGAAACACUCGAGACAUAAUAAAAUCGCUGAUUUAAACAUCGAUAUCAUAAACCAGGAAUCUUUAAACAAUUUACCAUUUUCAAAAGUUACGGCUAAACUGUUGAUUCAUUUGGCGCCACCUUUCUUAAAAAAUGUAGAAGCUUUUGUCAUGGAAUAUUUUGAGGAAAUUUUGUUAAGUAUUCCAGAUGGUGCUGGUUAUUUGUUUGAUGAUGCGCCAUUUGCGAAUAUUUGGUCUCCUACUCACAUUGGCAUGUUACUAUAUAGAUAUUACAACGCAUCAAUACCAAUUCAAUACAUACCAACCGAUAAAUUUAGAUGGCGGCCAAAUAAAGAGUGGAUAAAACCGACUUUGGAUAUUGAAAGUGUAAGUUUAGGUAAUUGGAUUGAUCUUGAGAAUAACCAUGUAAUAGAAAAAGAUGAUGAGGUCGCAUUUGAAGUUGUGGAGUGA